GCGACACUUCCCUUCGCCUUUCUCGAUUCUAUCACGUUGCCGAAUACACCUCCGUUAUCCCGAGAACAGAUACUUUGUUCCCUAUCAUUCAACAUUUCACUGAACUUCCUAAGGACUUGCUAAAGGAGAUUGAGGCGCUACUUAAUAAAUAAGGGAUUCUAACAAAAGCUAUUGAUUUAGUCGGCUAUUGUUUUAUACGUUCUUUUCACCUGUUCAAUUGGUUUUGCUACCGCCGAAAGACCACAAAGAACAACGUACAAAUCAAUUGCAACCCGACGUCACUGCCACGAAUACUGUAAUCAAAAGAUUCGCUAUCUCCAUCUACAUGAUCUGGACGACUUCGUUGCCAUCCAGGCUUGUAUACAAGUAUUAACCGACGAAGAUCGAGAUACAGUACGAAAUACGACAAGGACAUUAUCGGCUCCCCCCCCUCCCUAGAGGAGAUUGAAUCCAACCUACAUUAGAUUUUCAUCCUCUCCAGUCGUUGAUCGGGUUGAGAGAAUUAAGAUUUUGGCAACUUAACAUCGUCGUUAAUAAUUUUCGACAUCAUGUCACUUCGUCAAAUUGCCGUCGCGGCUAUUAUGGCCCUAGGUCCUCUUGCCGAUGCGAAGAACUUACAGUCGCCGGCAACAUCCCCGAUACCAGGGACAGAUACCGUCCACGGAUGUUAUAAAUCCUUGGGAACGUUGCAGCACGAGCAAACGAUCGCAUUCAACACGCAGGGUGCAUGUAACAACCUAUGCCGCCAGAAGGGUAACCUCGUUGCUGCUACCAAUACGGAAGAGUGUUACUGCGGCGACGAAUAUCCUAACUCGGGCGACCUAGUUGAUGAUUCUCAAUGUACAGAGCCAUGUCCCGGGUUCGAUUCGCAAGCAUGCGGUGGUCUUGACACUUACACGGUUUACAAUACUGGAAAGAAGGUAUCAGUUGGUGAGGCACCGGCCUCCAGUUCUUCCAGUUCAACUCCAUCGAAGACUAGUACAAGCGCUUCAGACGCUCCAGCCACCACUUCUGAUGCUACCGAGACCGUAACGGCCUCUAGUGAGCCCGAGUCGGGCUCCGGAACCAAUGUAGCCGGUAUUGCAGCUGGUGUUGUGGUUGGUGUUGUUGCGAUAACUGCUUUUGGCGGUGCAGUUUUCUUCUGGUUGCGGCGAAAGAGAAACGCCGAGAUUGAAGAAGAACACCGACGGAAUGCUGCUAUCAAUACGUUCAUUAGUGGCGGAAAGCCUCCCAGUAGCAGCGGCGGUGUUUCGAUGACCGACUCUCGUCUCGACCCUGUUAUGAACAGACGAAUGAGCGACGGUAGCAUCGCCGACAACCAAGAUUACUCGCGAAGAAUUCUAAGGGUUACCAAUGCUUGAACCCAUCGCAGAUAUCACGAUGAACGACUUCCGCUUGUAACACUUUUUAUUCACAUCGGCAUCAACGGCGUUUCAUGGUGGCCAUUCGUCAUUGGAUGAUCGAUCAGACUAGACGAUCCCUGGCGUUAUUUGUAUUGAGGUGUAAGGAAUAACAUAUUGGGUGGUUACAAUAUAGGGCGAUACUCCUCGGCCUUGCUACUACCGACGAAAAUUUCCUACGCCGUCCUCUCCUUUUUCUUUUGCACGUUGUUGACUGGCCGUGUCACAAUUUGCAGUUUGACAUUAACUUCGGAAUUUCUCGCGAGAUCUAUUAGGGCCCAGGCCCAGGCCCAGGCCCAAAGGGAAGAUAGGCUGCAUUCGUCAUAGGGCGAUAUGCAUUUUGGGUGCUGUGCUACGCGAGAUAGUUAAUUAAAAAAAUGAAGCCGGAGGUCUAGCGGCGGCCCAGGGGAAUUUUGAGCGGAUGUGACCGCCCUGUGCGCGAAGCGUUUUGAUAGAGGAUUAAGCAUUAGUGAUCAUUGAGAGGACUUUGCUGUAUAUUAUUCAGAUAGUCCAAAUGACUAUGCAUUUGCUCGUGGACUUUGGUAUAUACGCGUGUAUUGUAGUUCUGUUUGUAUAUGUUACUUUGUAAGU